AUGGUCAACCCCAUAAACCACUAUCCAAUUCAAGGGAAACGAUUUUCCCCUCGCGGCCUAGACCCAUACUAUGGCGGUCUCGUGGAUCGCAAGGCAGCACAAAACCUACGCGCUGCGGAACAAGCUGAAGUUGGACCACAUGAACGAGAAGCGAAUGAAAAUCAGCCUCAGAGAAAGCGCAUAUCACUAGCGUGCAGCCGGUGCCGCAAGAGGAAAAUCCGGUGCAGCGGCGAUGAUGGCAACGGCCAGCCGUGUCUCAACUGCAAAAGCUCCAAUAAGGAGCAUGAGUGCCAUUUCCUAAGGGUUGGAGCGAUUGCUAGGCCCGAGUUUGAGUAUAACGUGGUUGCCUGCCGAAAGAAUGAGCCAAGGGUGCCGUCUGCAUAUCAACCAUUACCUGUGACACCAAACAUCUACCAAGAGAACAUGGUCAUCCCAACGACAGAAUCGAGUGUAUACAGGAGCAAUCCCCACUACGGUCUUGCACCGCGAUACGUCUACCCAGUUGCCGGCUGGACAGGCGAUUACUCUGAUGAAGAUGGUGCCGAAUAUGCGGUAUGCCAACCAUCGUAUACGCAGCAGCUCAACGGUCCUGAGACGCAGUAUGUUAUGCCGUAUCGCAUAGUAUCUACAUCUGCAAGCCGUCAGCCCUUACAAGCGCCGGCCUAUUCUGAUCCAAGCAUGCCGUUUGGUUACUCCGGAGAUACAGUCUCAGCUCCUUUGAUGCUGCGAUCACCUAAUCCAGACGCAUUUCCCCUUGGACAUGCCGUCGGUUCUGAUCCGGUGGUAGAUGGAAGCGAACGCCUCCCACUCGGAUUGGCGCGUCGACCUCUUGUAGGCUGUGGUCCGUCCAACUAUCGCGCUGGCUCUUUGUCAUCGGCUUACAGUAAGAGCUCGCAGACGACGACAACGACGACGACGACGACAAGCACGAGUGACGCUGCCUCUCCAAGCAGCCCAGUGCCUGAUAUGUCGGCCAGCUACGCGGGCUAUGAGUCUGUCUCCCCGCUCUCCGCGUUUCCUUUGUCAGUUACGUCAGCAGUACAGCCUCACAUUGUGCCAGACAGCAAUGUAUAUACCACGUCCAUAUCGCCAACCUCGGUACCUAGCACAGACGUUGUUUUGCGAACAUCGGCGUCUGUCCCUGAGCUGAGUUACCGCUACGACGACACGACUAUUCGGCUGGCAAAGAGCGGAUCUACCGAAUGCUUGUACUCUGGCAUGGAGCUAGCCAGGCCAUACCAUGUGCUUCGGAGCCAAAAGAUCAAGGCGUUAUCUUCGCCAAGAAGCGAUCCAGGUACUACCAGCCCUGAAAUCAGGUGUAAGAGAUCGCCCAGCCUGUCGACUUGCGGUAUUCCGGGAUGA